AUGGGCCCUGUAAAGAUACAGACAGAGCCGGUCUCCAGACAGCACAGGAAACUCGGCCCGGGACAACGCGUCUCGCGAGCAUGCCUAUUCUGUAGACAGCGAAAGUCACGUUGUGAUCUGGAUAGUGGCGGCAAUCCAGGAACUCCACCCUGUCAGAGGUGUGUGCGUGAAGGCCGGGAGUGUAUACUGGGGACCUCUAACAGAGGUGGACGACGAAUACGCAAAAGCAAAAGUGUUACAGCAUCCAAAGAAGAUGAAGCUUCAGCACAAAAGACGCCUGAAAAUCGAUCUUCCGUCUCGGACUAUCAAGAGCAUAACACCAACAGGGCGUCAUUUUCGGCACCUGGAUAUCCAAUUGCCGACCUCUAUGUGAACCAGGCCAGCAAACCGGCUGAAACUGUUACUACUGAUGUUCAUGAUCAAGAUCAAGAACGUGAAAUUGACGGCAACGAAUCUGCAGUUAGCUCUGAUAGCGCAAUUGAUUCGGCCGUGCCCCGAAACCCCUCUGAUGCAUGGCAAUGUCUGACUGGAAUUGCGAAGCGAGGAGAAGAGACUGAAGAGUUUCACCACUCCACAGAAAGCGCAACGCAACAAAGGCCUCUUAACGUAUUCCCCCACGAAAAGGACACUAUGGGCGUACCCUCUCACGCACCCGUUGCUUCUGGAAUUGCGACAUACGAACUCGUCAAAAAUGGGUCACUGGAUCCAGAGCUGAUUUUCAAUCUGAUCAAGCGUUACCAAGUACAUUUCCAUCCUUAUCAACCACUUGUCCCGCGACGGUAUUUUGAGCGUGAGACGCUCAACGCAUUUGCCUCGAAUGAGAAAAACUUACUUACCGCCGUGCUCACAAUAGCGUCCAAGGAUCUGCUUGAUAUGCCUCAUAUUCAUGAGUACUGCUCGAAAUAUAUGCACGAACUCAUUGCAAGCAUUGCAGCUGGUACUGAUUGUGAUGUGGAGGCAGUCGAAGCACUGAUUCUGUUAGCAGAAUGGGAACCACAAGGCCUCCGUCCAAAAAUCGAGCGUGUCGGAAGAGGUGAAGAAGACCGUGCUGCUUGGAUGCAUGUUGGUCUCGCCCUACGCUCGGGUUAUUUCAUGGGUUUGGAUCGUACUUCAUUUCGAGGCGAUCCAGUCGGUGAGGACUGCGAUGCACGAAAACGUCUCGCCUGGACUUCAUGCUACAUUACGGACAGGUUGAUAUCGGUCAGAAUCGGACGAGCCUUUUGGUCUCGUGGACCAGGACCAAUGUCUGGAUUUGUGAGUCGGGAUUUUCCUUCUUUACUGCCAGCCAAGGAAGGGGAUGAGGAUUACGCCAAGAUCAUCCAGGCUACAUUGGAGUUGACGCAGUUGUACAGUAAUGUGCAUGAGAUUCUGUAUUCGGGAAUGCGGUCAAGCAACCAGAUGAUGCUUAUGGGUGAUUAUAUCAAAUAUGCCGAUGAUUUUCGCACUGCAAUACACAGAUGGAAUCAGACAUGGGGAGGGUUCCAAUGUGAGAUUCUCCACAGACAAAGAAGACAUCAACUGACAGAAUGGAAUGACAUAGGCUCGCCCAACAUCAAACUCACUUUACAAAUGUCUUAUGAGUACCUACGACUAUAUACCAAUGCCUUUGCCUUCCAAGCGGCUAUAUCUCAAGCGAUUGUGCGCAAACCAAAGACAGCGGAUCAGCAUCAUCAAAAGGAGCAUUUACGGGCGACCUUUAGCAACGUGGCGACCAUGCCCGAUGCACGCUUUAUAUAUGAGUCACUUGAUGCGGCAAAGUCGUAUCUACAUAUACUUGUCAGUCUGGUGAAUCCGGAGGAUCAUUUACGCUUCAUGCCGCUUCGAUACUAUUUAUAUAGCAUUUAUGCUGCUGUAUUUUUGUACAAGGCACGUUCAUUUGGCGUUAUGUCACCCAAAGAAGAGCUUGAAGUUCGUGAACUAGUAUCACGCACAACAGAGACAUUACACCGCGCCAGCGCGGGUCCAGACGACAUGGGCUCACGAUAUGCGCGAUUACUCGAAAUGCUAUGGAAACCUCGCUCAUCGGUAUCCGUAGCAUCAUCCGAAUCCCGUCGCCGCAACGAACUCUCCAUCACCAGUCUUGCUAACAAUUCACUGUCUCCCGGGACAGCAGGUAUAGGAGUGGGAGCCUCCCACCAACACCAACAACACCCUCCUCAUCAACAUGCACAUCAAUCCCCACACCAAACCCAUCACCAUCAGCAAUCAACACAUUUCAACCCGGCUAAUGACUUUUCCUGGCUGGACCUGGGUGCUGUCGGCGAUUAUGUAUCGGGAGAUCAGAUGACAGCUGGUAUUCUAGGCUUUGAGGGUAGUUUGGAGGACAACGGUGGGGUGUACUCUGCUGAGCAGCAUCAGCCACAGCAGAUAUGGCAGAUGCCACUUUGGACUGGAGAUUCCAUGUCUACGAGUUUGUUCUUUUAA